AUGCCCUUUGGCUUAACUAAUGCCCCGGCAACUAUCCAGCGCAUGAUGGGGAAGUUAUUGAGAGGGAUUAAAGGGUGCCUGGUUUUCCUUGAUGAUAUUAUUAUUUUUGCGGACACAUGGGAGGAACAUCAGCACAUUUUAGGCGAAGUCCUGAGCCGCAUUAGAUCAGCGGGUUUGAAGGUGAAACGUGAGAAGUGCCAAUUUCGGCAAGCAUCAGUUAAAUUCCUGGGUCACAUUAUUUCUGCUGGUGGAACAGAGCCGGACCCUGUGAAAGUACAAGCCGUACAGAACUUUCCCACUCCAACUUGCCUUCUCGAGGUAAGGGGAUUCAUUGGUCUAGCAUCAUAUUACAGAUUGUUUGUUAGAAAUUUCUCGGAAAUAGCUUCACCCCUACAUGUGUUAACCAAAGGAACCCACCAGGAAUUUUGCUGGACACCUUCAGCUGACAAUGCAUUCCAAGAACUAAAGCGCCAUCUAUGUUCAGCGCCGAUACUCUCCUUACCAGACUUCUUUGUACCUUUUGUUGUUUACAGGCGGAUGCUAGCGACAAUGGCCUGGGCGCUGUCCUUUCCCAGAAACGAGGAGGGGAAGAGAAUGUGGUUGCGUAUGCGAGUCGGACAUUAACGGCUGCAGAACGGAAUUACUCAACAACUGAAAAGGAAUGCCUUGCUAUAGUGUGGACUGUGAACUAUUGGAGACCAUAUUUACUGAAAAAAAGCUUCGAGGUUAUUACCGAUCAUCAAUCGUUGACAUGGUUGCAAGGUCUAAAUGCACCGAAAGGUAGAUUAGCACGUUGGAUUGUGGCAUUGCAGGAGAUGAGUUCGUAAUUACACAACGCCCAGGGCGUAACAAUGGGAAUACAGACACCCUUUCACGAUUCUCGCAACCACUAACUACACAGGUAGUUGACGAGGGCCUGGAUGAGGAAAUACGGGUCGGGGUAGCAGCCACAUAUGUCUGUUCAACUUGGACGCCAGGGGAUAUCCGCACAGCGAAACAAGAGGAUCCCGUCAUUGUACAAGUCAUAGAACAGUUAAGCAAAACUAAGGGAGAAGCAGGAAGUAGGAAAAGUGGAAGCAAAAUGAUGAGCUGA